AUGAACUUAUCGAAGGGGCCAUUGGUGAACAGCAGCAGUGAAGAUAAUUCCAAGUCAACUUAUGGUAAAUGCGGCGCUGGCGCCUGGAGAAUGCACCAGAGCUACGAUCCACUGGAGGCCAACCACAUGAGAGACGCACAUGCCCUCUACAACCCCAGGCUUCUCUGCAGAAUGUCCAGUAAGGAGCGUCACCUAGAAUCCAAUUGUCCGUCCUCUUAUAUAAAGACUGAACCGUCUAGUCCUGCCUCCCUGACUGACAGUCUAAACCAUCACUCCCCUGGUGGCUCCAGUGACGCCUCAGGCUCAUAUUCGUCCACGAUGAACGGCCACCCCAACGGCUUAGACUCCCCAAGCCUUUAUGGCUCCAACGCAGGGCCCCUCGGACCUGCUGGUGGCCCUGGAUCAAAGCGUUAUGAGGACUGUUCAUCAACUAUUGGGGAAGAUUCGCAAAUUAAGUGCGAGUACAUGUUGAAUUCCAUGCCCAAGAGGUUGUGUCUGGUGUGCGGGGACAUUGCGUCAGGGUACCACUAUGGAGUGGCAUCCUGUGAGGCCUGCAAGGCCUUCUUCAAGCGCACCAUCCAAGGCAACAUUGAGUACAGCUGUCCAGCCACCAAUGAGUGCGAGAUCACCAAGAGGAGACGCAAGUCGUGCCAGGCCUGCCGCUUCAUGAAGUGUCUGACUGUGGGCAUGCUGAGGGAGGGUGUUCGCCUGGACAGGGUUCGUGGUGGAAGACAGAAGUAUAAACGCCGGAUAGAUGCAGACAACAGCCCGUACCUGAACCCACAGCUGGCUCUGCCCCCUAAGAAGCCAUUUGCCUUUGGCUGCCUUGCAGAUAACAAAAUCGUCUCUCACCUGCUGGUGGCCGAGCCAGAGAAGAUUUACGCCAUGCCUGACCCAACAGUACCCGACAGCGACAUCAAGGCCCUGACUACGCUGUGUGACCUGGCGGACAGAGAGCUAGUGGUCAACAUCGGUUGGGCCAAACACAUCCCAG